UUCAGCCCGGACAAUAUGGGUCUGCUGGACCCAGCCACCAGCGACGGUAGAGUGAUCUUCUUCCUGCCGUGGGAGAAGAUGACCAUCGCGGGGACCACCGACAGCCCGACGGAUGUCACUUCCCAUCCGAUACCGACGGAAGAGGAUAUCAACUUCAUUUUGAAUGAAGUGCGCAACUACCUGAGCGUUGAUGUCGAAGUGCGAAGAGGAGACGUGUUGGCAGCGUGGAGUGGCAUUCGUCCCCUGGUCACGGACCCCAACUCCAAAGACACGCAGUCCAUAUCCCGGAAUCACGUUGUCACCAUUAGCGAUAGUGGUCUUGUCACCAUAGCAGGUGGCAAGUGGACAACGUACCGUGCCAUGGCGCAGGACACCAUCGAUGCCGCUGUUCAGGCGCACGACCUGAAGGCGGGUUCCAGUAAGACCAUCGGGCUGCAGCUGCAGGGGGCUGAGGAGUGGAGUCCCACGCUCUACAUUAGGCUGGUCCAAGACUAUGGACUUGAAAGUGAGGUGGCUCAGCAUCUAGCUUCGACGUACGGUGACAAGGCUUUUGAGGUGGCAAAAAUAGCCCAAGUUACAGGAAAGAGAUGGCCUAUCGUUGGAAAACGUCUUGUGUCUGAGUUUCCGUAUAUCGAAGCUGAGGUUGUCUAUGGCGUUAAGGAGUACGCCCGCACGGCAGUGGAUAUGAUCUCCCGACGUACGCGCUUGGCCUUCCUGAACGUGCAGGCGGCGGAGGAAGCCCUGCCAAGAAUUGUCGAUAUAAUGGGGAAAGAACUUAACUGGAGUGAGCAGAAGAAAAAGGAAGAACUAGAAGCUGCUAAAAAAUUUCUCUACUAUGAGAUGGGCUACAAAGUAAAAUCAGAUCAAUUAACAGACAGCUCUGAGAUCAGCCUAAUGCCUUCAGAUAUUGAAAGGUACAAGAAGCGCUUCCACAUGUUUGACAAGGACAAGAAAGGGUUUAUUACUAUACUGGAUGUGCAGCGUGUCUUGGAGAGCAUCAGCGUGCAGAUCGCUGAGAAUACGCUUCACGAUAUUCUCAAUGAGGUGGAUCUGAACAAAAACGGGCAGGUUGAGCUCAACGAGUUUCUGCAG